CCAACCCCCGCCCCCUGGGUGACAGGCCGAGCCGGCCCCCUCUGGGUCUCUAGUAGUUUCAGUGCCGCUGACGCAUGCUUGCGCGCACAGCUGGGCCGGGCGCGUCCUACGCAGCAGCCGCGAGCCGGGGCGGCCGGUGCCAGACGGUUCCGGCGGGGGGCAGGGGCGGGGCGCUGCAGGAGGCCAGGGACUCCCGACGGAGGAGCCCCCCGAGGCCCAUCUGACUCCCGACGAGUUGCCAUGGCAUCCUACUACGACAUCCUAGACGUGCCGCGAAGUGCGUCUGCUGAUGACAUCAAGAAGGCGUAUCGGCGGAAGGCUCUUCAGUGGCACCCAGACAAGAACCCGGAUAAUAAAGAAUUUGCUGAGAGGAAGUUCAAGGAGGUGGCGGAAGCAUAUGAAGUGCUGUCAGACAAGCAUAAGCGGGAGAUCUACGACCGUUAUGGCCGGGAAGGGCUGACUGGGGCAGGAACUGGCCCAUCCCGGGCGGAACCUGGUGGCAGUGGCCCUGGCUUCACCUUCACCUUCCGCAGCCCCGAGGAGGUCUUCCGGGAGUUCUUCGGGAGUGGAGACCCUUUUGCGGAGCUCUUUGAUGACCUGGGCCCCUUCUCAGAGCUUCAGAGUCGGGGCUCCCGACACUCAGGCCCCUUCUUCACCUUCUCUUCCUCCUUCCCUGGGCACUCUGGUAUGUGCUGUCCCUUCGCGUUUUUGCAAGCUCUGGGUCCUGGAUCCCCUCGUCCCGGCUCAUUCCUUUUCCAAGCCUUCUCUCCUGAGUAUGUGGAGCCCUGCCUUCGGGCAUCUCUGCAGGGAGACCCCACAGAGGUUCCUGGCCCCGUCUUGACUGCAGCAUGCCGGCUCCAUCCUCCCUCUGACAACCUCUCUGCCUCCUCCCUUGUGUCCAUGCCAGAUUUCUCCUCCUCAUCUUUCUCCUUCAGUCCUGGGGCCGGUGCUUUUCGCUCUGUUUCUACAUCCACCACCUUUGUCCAAGGACACCGCAUCACGACACGCAGAAUCAUGGAGAACGGGCAGGAACGGGUAGAAGUGGAAGAAGACGGACAGCUGAAGUCAGUCACAAUCAAUGGUGUCCCAGAUGACCUAGCGCUGGGCUUGGAGCUGAGCCGUCGCGAGCAGCAACAGUCUGUCACCUCCAGGCCAGGGGGCACACAGGUCCGGCAGACUCCUGCCUCCCGCACCUCUGACAGCGAUCUCUCCGAGGAUGAUGAAGACCUGCAGCUCGCCAUGGCCUACAGCCUGUCAGAGAUGGAGGCAGCUGGGAAGAAACCAGCAGGUGGGCGGGGGGCGCAGCGUCGUCGGCAGGGGCUGCCCAAGGCCCAGGACCAAGAUCCCGGCGUGGGGGGGACCCCUGAGGCUGCAAGGGGGGAUGCGGCCAAACCCAGCCCAUCCCCAGAGGAGAAGGCCUCUCGCUGCCUCAUUCUCUGAUCACCAGGCCCAAACCACCCUGAUUCAGGGCGACCGGGGGGUCCUGCUCACUGUUGGGAGCAGAGGGGCAGGGCCUGAGUUGCAGGAGCCCUUCUCCAAUUCAGUGCUCCCCCAACAGGUUUCCCUCCCAUGUCCACUUGCACUCCAGUGUGGACUUGGGAUUUGCUCUGCUCAGCCCACAGCUGAUAGGUCCCUGGCGAAGCCCAGGGUGGAGCCUCCGGGCAGUGGGAGGGCCUCCCAGGAGCCAGGAUGCACUUAACUCCUAUUAGAUAGGGAGUUUCUAAGGGGCAUUAGUGGUUUGGGUCGGGCCUUUUGUGCCCAGGUCUUCUGCCACCUGUGUUGCUGAUGACAUCAAGGAAGGAGGACUUGGCCUGGGGUUCUCUGAACCGGAGUUGGCAGCUACACCAGGGAGUCUCCCGUGCUCCUUGUCCAGCUGCAGACAUCCCACCCUGGUUUCGGUGCAGCGUUGAGCUCUGACGUCUCUGUUGCUUCCCUUCUGGUGCUGCCGCUCCUCCCUCGCUCUCUUCUCUCUGCACUUCCCUGCGGGCCGCAUCGCUUGCUUUCACUGCCAUCUGGCUAGGACUCCCUUCUUCCUUCCCCAAGAAAGCCUCAGUGUGACCAGGAAGAUGCUGUGGCCGGUAGGGCCAUAAGGUCUUCUGGGGAGGCUAGCUGGGUGGGGCGGGAGCCUCUCAUCCAGAUUCGGAACCGGAGCCCACUCCUCCUCCCUUCCUCUUGCUGCCUCAGCCUGCCCCAGGCCUCGGGACUAGGCAGAGGUGAGGCUGGCUAUCCCUGGAGAGGUGGGAUAAGGCCAGGGUGCCCCAGGAGGGAGGCCUAGGAGGGGACUGUACCCCGUCCUAUUUCACCAUGCAUCAGGGCUCAGGGAGAGGCCACAGGGCUAGCCCAGGUCUGCAUGCUCAGCUCCAUCCUCCACGGCUGGCUGCUGACCCUGUCUCCUGUCACCCCGCCCCCACUCUCUCCUCAGAUGUGUUCUGAGCUGGAUGUCCAGGAUCCAGAGCCGCUGCACAGUUCCAACAGGACAGCGCCCUCCCCUGUGCGCUGGGAGGGUACCCUCCAUUCCUCUCCCUCACCCAUGCUGAGCGUAGAGCUGGGCCUGGGUGGUGGGUGGGGGCCGGGUGGGAGGCAUCCGUAGUCUUAGCCUGUGAACUCUUCCCUGGGUGAUUGGUGCUGUCUCUUGGGGACUACAGGUCCCAGAAUGCAACACACCCUGCCUCGUUUCUGAUAGAUCAUGCUAGGGGAAGCGGUGUGUGGUUGUGGAGCUGUGCAUCUUGGGACAUGUAGUUCCAGCCCAGGUCAGCUUGUCACUCGCUGUGAGAAGGGGAGAUCUUGUCAUCUGAUUUGACUCUGGCAGGGGUGGCAAGAAUGUGGAUGAAGGGGUAGUGGGCCAAGCUUCGGUUCCCCUGACACCUCUUGCUAGUGCCGGGCUUAGAGUGUACAAAUCAAAGCCCUGCGGCAUCUGGGAGAGGCUCUUCUCCUGUGGGCAGUGGGAACAGGCCCGGAUGGGAUGGCCAAGCAGGGCGGGGCCCCAGAAGGCUGACUGAUGGGCGUAGGCAGGCAGAGAGCUUGGAAGGGGAGGCCACCGGUGUGGGAGUGUUUGUGUUUGUGUGUGUGUGUGUGUGAGAGAGAGAGAGAGAGAGAGAGAGCACGCAUGUGCGUGGCCGGGAUUGGUGUGUAAUGGGUGCUCCGGGCAUGUUGCUGCUUGUAUGGCUUCUUUGGCCUCUGACCCUGCUGCCCAUUCUUCUUCUCCAACACCACAAAUGAGCUGCCUCUCCUCCUCCCUGCCUGGGGAGCCCCGUGGCCAGGGAGGGGAGCGGUGGAGCCAGAGUGUUGCUAGCCCUGUGAUACUGCAUCUCAGAGACCUAUCAAAGCCAGCUAGGCUGAGCUCAGACCGAGAGAGAAACACUGGAAGUCAACAAAUAAAGCUGUUUUGA